AAAUUCCGUGACCCGGUAGUACUUUUUUAGUGUUGCUGACAAGACACUGAUAGCCGGGUGGUUAUUAAAUGUCUGCACAGUAGCUAAUUGUUGGACAAAAACCGUCGUUACUUGUAAAACAAGUAGAGGAAUGAUAGAUAUUACCACCGGCAGUCAUGUCGUACUGCAAGCAAGAGGGUAAAGAUCGCAUUAUUUUUGUUACCAAGGAAGACCAUGAAGCGCCCAGCAACGCUGAGCUCAUUGCAGAUGAUCCCAAUGACCCCUACGAAGAUCAGGGCCUGAUCCUGCCCAGUGGGGAGAUCAACUGGAACUGUCCAUGCCUGGGAGGGAUGGCUAGCGGGCCCUGUGGGACACAGUUCAAGGAGGCCUUCUCCUGCUUCCACUACAGCAAUGAAGAGGUGAAGGGUUCAGAGUGUAUUGACAACUUCCGUGCUAUGCAGGAGUGUAUGCAGAAGUACCCCGAGCUCUACCCCCAGGAGGACGAGAAUGAGGGAGCUGACGCUGCUGCCCCUCCCCUUGUUAAUUCUACUGCCCCUGUGCCCACCGACGACUCUUCCCCAGCCUCAGUGCCCUCUAGUAACUCUACCCCGUCCCUACCAACACCUGAAUCUGCCCCGUCAUCCGACAAUACACCACCAACAGACAGCCAGGCUGCCAGCUAAAAUCACCCAGCAUCCCCCAGUCUCUCUCUUAAACCACUGCCGAGCACAGGCCACUUUCAUGGGAGAUCAGCUGUAUGUUCUCUGGUGCCUCAGACUUUAUUUCUUGGUUCAACGUUCAUCACAAAGGAUAAUGACUUUAAAGGGUACUGCAGAAGAGUUCUAUCUCUUCCAGGGAAUAUCAGUUAAUUCUGUGAGAGGAGGAGGCUUUAUUGUAGUGGUUGUUUGAGCUCCUGAGGUUCCUACAGUGCCAAGUUUGUAGAGGGGGGUUCGUUUUCUGCAGGGGACUUUGGUUAAGACUCGCAACCAACAUAUUUUUCUGCUUAUCAAGCUUCAAAUCAGAUGUGUUGUGCCAUUCUACGUUAAUGCUACACUGGAGGUGUGUAACCUUCUGUCAAUGUUACUGUUACUGCUAGUUUGUGAUUCCUUGACUUCAUGUUUGUGCUUGACAGAUCAUAGUAAGCAAUUGAGCUAGUAUUAAAGCUUGAUUACUCUUGUUCUCAGUUGCUUGUCAAA